GUUUAUAUUUUUUGUUCCAGAUCCCAGAGUAAAGGAUUGGCCAAUGAUGUCAUCGCCAUGGCCAACGUUGGCGGCGUGUGUAUGCUACGCGGUGUGCGCGCGAAAGAUUGGCCCAACGUUGAUGGCCAAUCGGAAACCCUUCGAACUUAGAAAUGUACUCGUGGUCUAUAACAUGGCGCAAACCAUAUUCAGUGCAUGGAUAUUUUAUGAGUAUUUGGCGAGUGGAUGGUGGGGCCACUACGACUUCAGAUGUCAACUCGUCGAUUACUCACGCAGCCCUAAAGCAAUGAGGAUGGCGAACACCUGCUGGUGGUACUACUUCAGCAAGUUCACGGAGUUCUUCGACACGCUGUUCUUUGUGCUGCGCAAGAAGAACGAGCAUGUGUCGACGCUGCACGUCAUCCACCACGGCAUCAUGCCCAUGUCCGUCUGGUUCGGGCUCAAGUUCGCGCCAGGUGGUCAUAGUACGUUCUUCGCUCUUCUGAACACAUUCGUGCACAUCGUCAUGUACUUCUACUACAUGGUGUCAGCCAUGGGCCCCAAGUAUCAGAAGUACAUCUGGUGGAAGAAAUACCUCACCGCCUUCCAGAUGGUCCAAUUCGUCCUGAUCUUCAGCCACCAGCUGCAAGUCCUGUUCCGGCCUACGUGCCAGUACCCGCGCGUGUUCGUGUACUGGAUCGCGCUUCACGGCUUCCUCUUCUUGUUCCUCUUCAGCGACUUCUACAAGGCGCGCUACAACAAGGCCGGCGGUAAACCGAAGAGGACCAACGGCCUUUGUAUGACGGUGAUGGACGAGAGCAGUUCUCUGAACGGCAAGAACGGCUACAAGCAUGAGGAGGGCUCGACAGUUCCCAACUCGUACGCGUCGUCCGCGGCGGACGCGUUCGUCCGGCGGCGGCCGCAGUCGUAGUGCGACAGCAGCGCCACACACAGGGUCUGCCACCUGUUAUAGUUUCACAUACUACCCUCCGUUUUGGCACGUUGAUUGAUUGAUAAUAUGUAAUACAUAAACUGUUCGCUAAUAUCAUUGAAGCCUGAUAUGUGUAGCGCGCCACGGGUUAUUUUGCUAAGAGAAAAGAUAUUGUCGACAAAUAGCGGAAUUAAAAAUAUCGAUUUCGACAGUGUGUCUUUCUCUCUUCAAAAGAUAAUAUGUUGUUGACAUUGUGUGCCUACUUAUAGUAAAAAAAUCGUUAAUAAAGCGUUUAUUUAUGCAUUAUUAAAUAUGUGUAGUGGCAAAUGAUAUUUAUGACUUACUAUGAGAGAACUUUUUAAGAUACUAGUUGGCAGAUGACGUGUCUCCGCGACACUACUGGUUUCUAUCUGUUUCUAUGAGAUACCUUUCGCACGACACGUGUCUGGUUUCAUUGAAAUAAAUGGAAACCAGCGAAACCUUUAGUAUCUGAAAACGGCUACAUUUUUAGGAUUAAAAUUAACUUUUUAACAUAGCCUCAUUUUAACAUGAUGUUAAUAUUAUAUUAUUCGUUACAAAACAUUUGAUGGACUUUUGAAUGUUAUAUUUCCUUAAAAUAUAGAUAGUGAAGGCACAUUCAAUGUAUAGGUACAGAAAUAUUCGUUUUAUCGUAAUGUCCAUAUUUAGAAUAUGUAUUUAUAUGGAAAUGUUAAUAAAAUAAAUAUGUUAGAUAGUUCUAAUUUGUAGUGAAAAUUUAUGUAUUAUAUAAAUAUUGAAUUAGUCAAUCGUGCUAAAAUGAAGUUCGUAUUUGUGUGUAAAAACAAACCGAACGAUUAUAUUAUUAUUGUGGUCAGUUUUACUUACGGCUGCCAUCCGUCCGGAUAUCGGAGAUACUUUAUUUUGCUUUAGGGUAUUUUAAUAGUGCAGCGUUGUAUUUAUUUAUUACUAAACUUUGUUGUGCUGUUACUGUUUUUAUAUAAUAGAGAUUCGGUAAACUACGUGAAAGUUUUCUUUUUCUCAACUUCAGAGUAAAAUGAACUUAAUGUCACAUGUAAUAAUGACCGAAUUCCGGUGCACAUUAACCGGUUUUAACUAAAAUUCUGUUAAAAUUGUAGUUAAAAAUGCGACUUAAAACUAGAACAAUUAGGUUUGUUUUACUCUAAACACUCAACUUCAGAGUAAAAUGAACUUAAUGUCACAUGUAAUAAUGACCGAAUUUCGGUGCACAUUAACUGGUUUUAACUAAAAUUCUGUUAGAAAUGUAGUUGAAAAUGCGACUUUAAAACUAGAAGAAUUAGAUUUGUUUUACUCUAAAUAGAAUAUAGUGUAAUAGACACUGGAGAAAUCUAAUUAGUAAAUUUAGUGAUGGCAGCCCUGCGUAGAAGUGUAAUAUUUCGCAAGGUGUCAAGGGCAAUCCAAAUAUUUUUAUUAGGUUACAAUUUUUUUUAGGGGUAGUAACGAUGACCGAGUCAUACGAGGCGUGGAGAGGGGAACAGCAACGGCUUAGACCGACUGACAAAGAUUUUAUACUAUUAGAUAUGUUACUAACUCGUCGAAAUUGAGGCGAACAAAGGUCUUAAUUAAUUUAGUAGCAUAGUAAACAACGACAGUUAUAUAGACAACUAAUACUUAAAUAUUGUCUACAAUGGUAAGUUCGAGUGUUCAGGAAGUGUAUGUACAUACCUAUGUAAUGUAAGUAAACACAAAAUAGUGCAUAUGUGCGAGUGGAGUAGCUAAAUUCGAAUCACUUUUGUAAGCACGUAACAUAUCUAUUGUAUAAAAUAUUGCUGACUGAAACAAAAAGGUUUACCUCAAAAAGUCCGCACAGGCAUAAAGAGUUCACAGCUUUGAGUUGUGUUCUUCGCUGCUUUAGAACGUUAUAACAAAUAGCAGGAAGUCAGAAUGCCGUAAGGCAUCUGCGUGGUGUUAUAAAGUUACAUCAGAACGCUGAACAUCAGAGGUACGCGAGAACGCGUUCUAUAUACGCGGGCUCUUGGUCUUUUGACGUUCUCAUUUAGCACAAGCUUUACGGUAGAACAGAAUAUUAGUCAUGUUAAAUAGUACGUCUUACAAUGGUAUUUAAAGACGUUGUGGGGGCUCCCUCAGGGGAUCAUUCACCUGCAGUGUCAAGUUCUCAAACAAAUAGAGGUUAAAUUCGACACUCAGCGGCUGAAUGAUCCCCUGGGGGCGCCCGUACAACGUCUUUGAAUAACACUGUUAAUCAUUGGAGAGAAAUAGAUAAUUAUAUAGAUUGUUUCGGACAAUGCAGUAUUCCCUUAAUGCUAAACAUUCCCUCUCACCCCUCUAAACAUACCGCUAGCUUUAAUUAGUGUUGAGGCAUUCUCAACCGCCUUUUGCAGACAGUGGUACCGUUUCGGGCCCCUUUAGUAUUAGUGAAAUGAAGCGUCUGAAAGUUGUUAGCAGUUGUGACAGUUGUUAGUUAGAACCCGCCCUAAAAUACGAACUAUUUGACAUAUAACAACUUGUAAUAUCCAGUGGGAUUAUUCUGUAUCAUUUCAAGCUCACAGCAACUUGCAUAGCAACUGUCGCGAUCACAAAGACGUUGAAAUCAUCAUGCCUCAUGGUAUAGGUUAUGUUAAAUUGGUUUUACCUUAAAAUCAGGGUAUCAUAAUUGCUCUAAUGAUGUGCAAGAUAGUUUUGAAUAGAUGACAGAUCGCGACAAAUGCGCGUGAUUCUUUCUUUGUCGAAAAACGUACAGCAUAACCCUUCUGUGGUCUGUAGUGUUAUCGGGCACACUUUAGCGGGUCCCACCGGAACAUUUGUAAAUAUUUAGUAAAAGGAAACAACUUUCAGAAACAAUUUACAAUGUACAGACUCAUGGUAGAUUACACCCCGCCUCGAAGCGCGCUAGUCAUUUGCGUCUCGAAGUCUCGAGUUGAUAUAGUACGAGAUCCGACAAAAAGAAUAUGUACCCUCAUCUGUUAUUUAUUUGGGCUUUGAAAUAAAUGAUAGAAAAUAUUCACAUUGACACAUUGCAAAUUGGUUGCCUAGUUAAAUUGUGUUUUAUUUGCGUCCGGUGAGUAUUAAAUGAUUGUUUUUUUUUUUCAAAAUUCAUUUUAUCUACUUCCCUCUUUGCUUAUAAAAUUGUACGCUAGUUAAAAUAAUAUACCCAACAAUUGCAAACAUAAAGGUUGCCUGCUUUUGCUGUCACUGCAACUGUGGGGUUGCCAGAUAUAAACACCCUCAUCACUUAUUCAGUCGACUAAUACAUAUAUCAAAUGAAAGCUUAUUUUAUGCUUGAUUUUACUGUAUUAAGGUGAUCUAGUUCUUAGAUUUUGUAUGAAAACUGUGUUUGGCUGCAAUUUAACUAGGCAACCCAUUUGCAUUGUGUCUGUGUGAAUAUUUUCCAUAAUUUAUUUCUUAUUCCAAAUAAAUAACAGUUGAGGGUAUAUAUUCCUUAUGCUGGAUCUUAGUCUAAUAUUGUAGUGUAUUACCAACGUCUCCCGACUGAGACUGAUGUUUCUAUGCGAACUAUUGCUUUUAGUGCAAACGGAUUUGAUGGAUCGACUGCUCGCACUUUAUUCCUUUACUUGUCACGUUGUAACGGCCAAGUUUUAUCUGUAUUUUUAAGGUUUUUACAUCGCAAUGCACAACGUCCCAUUCGACUUUGAGAAUUGUAUCAUCGAAUGCCUUAUAUUAUUUUAAGUACAAACACUAGACUAUGAAUCGUUGAAUUAAUCUUGUUAUAUUGGUUUCGGAUAUAAGUAUAAUAAUGAUUUUUCUUUAAAUGUAUAAAAUGUAAGUUUAGAUGGUGGUUAUGCCAUUUAAAUAAUUUAAUGUCAACUUUGCUGCUAGCGAAGUGAACAUUAUUGUAAAUACAAUGAAUCAUGUUCUAGCAAUCGCGUUGUUUUACUGCUUUAUGUAAAGAAUGUCUCUGGUUUAAUAUGUAAAUAUAUUUUUAUGGUCAAGUUUAUGCGUCUUAAUCAUCGAUGUUACCAUAGAGUUCUUGAAAUCCAGUGUCAUUUAUAAAAUUUGUUGUUUUUACGUGCUCAAGCAUUUAUUGUUCUUUUUUUUUGUACACCGUGUAAUAUAUAAGUCGAACAAAUGAUAUUAACAGUUUUAAAAUAUUGUAUUCAUAUAAACAUCACUAACAUAAUAUAUUUAUAUUAGCAAUUUUUUAUUAUAAGAAAUCUUAGCACACUAAUAAGUUGAGUUGACAAAAACGGAAUGCUUAUUAGAGAAAUUUUAAAAAACUAUUUUAGAGAAUUGUUAUAGAGAUUAUUACAAUAAAAAAAAAUAGAUCGGUAGUCGUAUAUUUAAAAAUAAACGUUAUCAGAAACUGAAUAUACAAUUAUGAAAUUCAUGAUGCACAGUAACUUAACAGUAAGUUUUAAAGUAACAAACGUGGCAGUAAACGUUACUCUAUCAAAAUGUUACUGUCAAAUAACGUUUUUACAAAAAAAUGGUCCCAUCAGUUUACUUAAUAACUUACUUAAGGUUACUGUGCUUUUAGUAUUAGAUUGUUAGUAUGUCAACUCAACUUAUUUUGAAAACAAACGGCAUAAAGGGUAAGGGAUGAAUUAUUUAGGAACUUGCACCGUUCUGCCGCCGACGACGAAUCUUCUCAAUAACAGUGGCGAAACUUUAAAACAAUCUCUAAAAUGGUAAUUGUUCAAUGUAGUUUUCUUUAUUAUGGUCAAAAGUCCAGAGCCGAUUCUGAUAUGUAUUUAAAAACUAUACUCUCUUUAAAUGUAUGAAAAAUAUUGUAAUUAUUAUCAAAUACAGCGAAGGCAAUUUUGCAGAGAUAAUGAACAUAUUUCCUAUUGUUAUUUUCAAAAGAAUAUUUUGGAAUUCAGUUUUUACUCAAGAACUAUCUUUUACCGGGAUAAAUAGAAUCAGGGCCCUUAACCUUCAACUGGUGACAUGCGAUCUCACUUGAAAAUUACAUUUACCCUUUUGUUCCCUAUUAAUAAAACUAUUAAUAAUUGCUGUGAACUACCAUACUUAGUUAAUGUCUGUGCUUCAAAAAUAUAUUUGAAGGCACCUACAUAACCAGUUAUGAUUUACGUUACUCGUUAAAGUUAAACCAGUUAAAGGCUAAUUUCGGGGCUUUACACCAAAGUUAAGCUAGCCCUGUUAGAGAACUGGUUCAUUGAACAGUGUUAAACGUGAUACUGGAUUAUUUUAAGCGUGUACAGUUACGCCACUGUGUUGAUAGCCGAAGAGCUGGUGGACAUUUUUGGGUUGGUAUUUUAGCCAAGCUGAAAACCUUUUUCCGUACCUCAACUAUAAUAAUUAUCCUAACCCGUGCUACAGACUAAUCAAAAUCAUUAGAAAGAACUGACACACACGGACGAUUGAAUAGUUCUACUGUUCAGUUAAAACUGCAGGUCUGUAGCACGGCUUACACAUAACUACAGAAUUGUCUGGGUAACAUUAGAGUUAAAUCAACCCCUUUUUUUUUAGAAAAAAACAUCCUCGAGGCAAAGGUUUAGGUAAGGUGCAGACAAGUUUUACCUUGAUUCAAAUGCCUACAGAAAAAUGUCCACCAGCUCUCGGACUAUGGUCUUGUGUCACUUUUUGGUGUAUUAUUGCUUGAUGUGUUGUAUGAACGGCAAACGGUUGCUUUGGGCGUUAGCAGGCGGAGCACUGCGACACUAUAUGCUCAAAUAUUUGCUGCGAGUUCACUAUUUUGCAACCUUUAUUUAUUAUUUUAAUAAAGUAUUUUACAAAA